GGAUUCAAUUGGAAACCAAACUUCAACACCAUCACGAAAGUACUUCAACCUGAACGCCUACGCAACAGCCACAGCGCCCCACCCUUCCUCGUGCUGCUGUGGUUUGCCCUUUUCCACGUUCACCCUUCCAUCAAUGUGCCACCUCCAUUUAUGGCAUUCCCGUGCUCCUCGGCAUUAACAACCCAUGAACUCUCUCGCCGCCGCCACCACACUCUCCACCGGCGGCAUUCUUUCUCGCAAUGGUGAAACCCCUUAAACCCCAUUCUCCACAUCUUAUUCUUAACUACAGCCUCCGCUGCUGCCCUUUCCUCAGUUUCUCUUCCAAUCCUGAUCUUAAUAAUCUGGGCUUUCCGAAUCUAGUGCAUCGAGUCUGUGAAAUAUUGUCGAAUCCGCGAAUCCCAUGGCGGGGGAGCUCGGAGCUGAAAUCAUUGGCCCCAAAGCUAAAACCUUACCACGUCGCCAAAAUUAUCGAAACCCACAACAGCACCGAUUCUGUUCUUCAGUUCUUUUACUGGGUUUCGAAGAGGCAAUUUUACAAACAUGAUAUAAGCUGCUAUGUGUCGAUGUUAAAUAGGCUCGUUAAGGAUAAGAACUUUGCGCCUGCGGACCAUAUUAGGAUCCUGAUGAUUAAAGCCUGCAAAGACGAGGUAGAUAUUAGAAGGGUUGUUGAUUUCUUGAAUGAGAUAAGUAAAGUAGGUCUUUCUCAUAGUCUAUAUAGUUUUAAUACUCUUUUGAUUCAAUUGGGCAAGUUUGAUAUGGUUGCAGCAGCUCAGACAGUCUAUAAAGAAUUGUUAAUCAGUGGGAUCAGACCCAGUUUGUUGACUUUGAAUGCCAUGAUUAAUAUUUUGUGUAGGAGGGGGAAGGUUCAGGAGGCUGAGAUUAUAUUGGCUCAAAUAUAUCAGUAUGAAAUGUUUCCGGAUGUAUUCACGUACACAUCCCUGAUCCUUGGGCACUGCAGGAAUGGGAAUUUGGAUAAGGCAUUUGUGGUUUUUGACCAGAUGGUAAAGAAAGGGAUUGAUCCAAAUGCAGUGACGUAUACUACUCUUAUUAAUGGGUUAUGUGAUGGUGGAAGGGUAGACGAGGCUUUAUGCAUGAUUGAAGGAAUGAUCGAGAAUGACAUUGAACCUACAGUGUAUACUUACACAGUUCCCAUCACAGCACUGCUUGCCAUUGGGAGAGUGGAUGAGGCUAUUUCUCUGGUUGCAAGCAUGAGAGACAGGAGUUGUCAGCCUAAUGUGCAGACAUAUACGGCCCUGAUCAGUGGGUUGGCAAAAUGUAGUCAACUUGAAGUAGCAAUAGGGUUGUACCACAAGAUGUUGAGAGAUGGUUUGGUUCCUACCACAGUUACAUAUAAUGCUCUAAUAAACGAAUUGUGUGAGAGAGGGAAACUAGAUACUGCUUUUAAAAUCUUUCAUUGGAUGGAACGGCAUGGCCACUUGGCCAAAACUGAAACUUAUAAUGCGAUGAUAAAGGGAUUCUGCAUGAUUGGAAAUGUCGACAGAGCCAUGAUUCUUUUUGAUGAAAUGCUGAAUGUGGGUCCGCCUCCCAAUGUGGUUACGUAUAACAUACUCAUCAAUGGAUACAUCAAAAAGGGUUUUCUAGAUAAUGCCAGGAGAUUGGUGGACUUGAUGAAGGAAAAUGGAUGUAAACCUGAUCAAUUGACAUACACAGAACUUAUGGCCGGGUUUUGCAAAGGGGAUAGGCUAGAUGUAGCGUCUACACUAUUUAAGGAAAUGAUGCAGCAAGGUUUGAGCCCAAAUAUGGUGAACUACACCACUUUGAUCGAUGGUCUUUGCAAGAAAGGGAAAGUUGAUGAUGCAUUGAUUUUAUUUGGAAGGAUGCAAGAGACUGGUUGCCAUCCAAAUAUUGAGACUUAUAAUGCCAUUCUUAAUGGUUUAUCUAAAGAAAAUAGGCUAUCUGAGGCGGAGGCACUAUGCAAUAAGAUGGCAGAAAGUGGGCUGCUCCCUAAUGUGAUUACAUAUACUACUUUAAUUCAUGGUCUCUGCAGGAAUGGUGGGAUACAUCUUGCUUUCAAGAUUUUCCAUGAAAUGGAAAGAAGAGAUUGCUUGCCAAACUUAUAUACCUAUAGUUCAUUGAUCUAUGGUCUGUGUCAUGAAGGCCGGGUUGAUGAUGCAGAAAUCUUGCUCGAAGAAAUGGUGAGUAAAAAAUUAUAUCCUGAUGAGGUCACAUAUACCUCACUUAUCGAUGGAUUUGUAUCUCUAGGUAGACUGGAUCAUGCAUUUUCCCUGCUUCAUCGACUAAUUCAUGCGGGCUGCAAACCAAACUACCGGACCUACUAUGUGUUGCUGAGAGGAAUGCAAGAGGACUGCCACAUGGUUUCUGAAAAAAUCGCGGUCCAGCAUGGAACUGCACACAAUCACACGUCACAUGAGAAGGAUAUUACUUUUGAUACCUUCUGCAAUCUAUUAGUUAGGAUGUCCGAGAUUGACUGUGAACCUUCUCUGGAUACUUAUUGUGUCUUAAUUGCUCGUCUUUGCCGUGAUGGAAGAAGCCAUGAUGCAGAUCUGUUGGUCGAAUUUAUGAAGGAGAAAGGGCUUUGUCCUAAUGAGGCAAUAUAUUGCUCUCUCCUCAAUGCUUAUUGCAAGAAUUUGAGAGUAGACUCUGCUUUACAUAUACUUAAUUUGCUGACUACCAGAGGCUUCAAGCCCCCUUUAUCAACUUAUGCAGCCGUUAUAUGUGCUCUCUGCAAAAGAAAACAGAUCAAAGAGGCUGAGGUUGUGUUCGAAGACAUGCUUGAGAAACAGUGGAAUAGUGAUGAGAUUGUCUGGACUGUGUUGAUUGAUGGCCUGCUUAAGCAAGGGGAAUCAAAAGUGUGCUUGAAUCUUCUUCAUGCUAUGAACUCUAAGAAUGUCCCUAUUAGUAAGCAGACAUAUCUAAUGCUGGCAAAGGAAAUGCCGAAAACUGACAAAUUAAUGAAUGAGAACCAGGUUGCUGAUACGUUGCAGGUGCUGGGAGGCCAAGAACCUGGAUAAAGGUCUGCUGUACGAGUUACCAAACAGAAAAUAUGUUAUCUCAUGAAAAAAUCCUUAUUCGACAUCCCUUCUAUUUGCUGAACCAGAAUGACUUGCAUGCAGCAUCUUUAGGAAGAAUUUGAAGCUGCGAAGUACAGUAAAAGAAGUGAUCACAUUAUUACUUGUGGAGCUGCCCAAUUCUUGGGAUCUCACUCAUGAAUUUGUCAUUCUAGGAUGAGCGAGAUAUGGCCUAAUGACUGGGCUUUCUGAAAAUUUCAGGAGUAUUAGUCGCGAAGAUGCCCCUUUCAGGCACUUCAAAGAUCCAGCUGUAUCUCUGGAAGGUCAACAUGCAGAAAUUGAUCUCGCAACAAGGCUAAAUCAAAUGCCAGUUAACAUAACCUAAUAUACAAUUCUAAAAAGAUGUGGUUGUAGUGAUCCUUGAACUAGUCAUAUCUGAAGCGCAAUGACAAUUGGUGCAUGAGCUUUGCCUCCCAGUUGAACAGCCAAUCAUGUACAGGUUCAUAUUAUAGAGCUUGGGUUUAAUCCGUGUACAGCACUAGAGCUAUCUCAAGUUGUUCAAGAAUGCAGACUGAAAUCAGUUGCAUCAAUUUGUUGAAUUUCAAGUAAGCCCCCUAGAACAAUGGUUACUUACCUAGUUUUACUUCAACAUUGUUUAUUCACAUUUUUUACACAAAAAUACACCCCGCUGUCUGGAAUUAGUAUCCUCCAGAUGAAGGGAGUCUUUGUAUACAACAGCUUUAUAAUUGUAAAGAUGAAUCAGGUUUAGCAUGUAAUAUGUGUCAUGAUUCUUUUUGGAAAUAAAUGACUUUGAGCAUGCGGUUGCUUACG